AUGAGGCGGGAGGCACCCUCCGGUCCAUCUCUGGUGGCUUUAGGAGGAAGGCCGGGACCCUGGCACAGUGACUCAAGCCCUGCAGAAGUCAGGGACAGCGGGAGCAAGCCUGGCCCGGAGCCCUCCUCAGGGUGGAGGAGCCUGCAGCCAGCCCUGAGGGUGAGACGCUUCUGCAGGGAGCAUGCACAGCUGUUUUGAUGGAUCUGCACAGGCCUGCUAUGUACUGCAUUUGCUGCCUUCCUGCUGAUGGCCUGCCUCCUGGAUUUCCAGAGGGCCCUGGCGUUGUUUGUCCUCACCUGUGUGGACCUUGUCUUCCUGGCCCACAGCCUGCUGAAGAGGCUGCUGGGGCCAAAGCUGCUGAGGUGUGUCAAGACUCUGGGGCAUCCCAGCCUGAACCUCUGGUUCAAGAGGUAA